UCAGUUCUAUAACCUCCAUCUGUCAUAAAUGACAUUUGUGACGACGUAAAACUAAAUAUUUUGGUGGUGUUUAUUAAGUUAUCCCUUGCAACAAUCUCUAUCAAAAUGAGUGCUACAGUAACAGAAGAAAAACCCGACGAGAAACCAAAGACUUUCGCAGAAAAACAACGCGAACGCAUGCAGAGGUUACGAAACUUGCACACUCUUCGAAACGAAGCUCGCACCCACAACCACCAGGAAGUGGUAGCAGAGGACGCCAGAAACAAACUCCCUGCCAAUUGGGAAUCUCGUAAAAAACGUGCUGAGUGGAUAUUAAACGACCAGAAGGAGCGUGAAGAAGCCUCAAAGAACGGUGAAGACUACGACAGAAACAAACUGUUGGAGAUAUCCGCCGUCGACGCCGAGAAGAUCGAGAAGAAGAGGAAGCGGAAGAAUCCAGAUCAGGGCUUUUCAGAUUUCGAAGCAGCCACGUUUCGACAGUACAACAGGUUGGUUAGGAGUAUGGGUCCGAAGGACAUGGAGAGGUACGAGGAGGAAAAGGAGAAGUAUGGAGAUGCGUUUUAUGGAGGUCCUCAUGUGAUAAUCCACGGGUUGCAUCAAGACAGAUCGGAAGCGGUCGAUAAUAUGGUGAAGAGUCUCGAGAAUCAAAUUGCGAAGAGGAACAAGUACUCGAGGAGGCGGACUCACAAUGACGAUGCAGAUAUUGAUUAUAUUAAUGAGAGGAACGCCAAGUUUAAUAAGAAAUUGGAUAGGUUUUAUGGGGAGCACACGGCUGAAAUUAAACAGAAUCUGGAGAGAGGGACUGCGGUUUAAUAAAUUCAGUUCUAUCAAAAUAAGCAAUUUUUUUGUCUUAAUUUACAAUAAAAUAUGUACAUUCACAAACUUAACAAAAUUUCGCCUAAUUUACACAUUGUGUAUUUUAAAUGAGCAAAUAUUUGUUUAAUUUAACAAAUUUGUAAAGAAAAUAAAAAAAUAGCAGUU